AUGGCGGGGACCCCUGGAACCCGCCUAGGGAUCCCGUUUACCGCCGCACUCCUCCGCGCCGCCAGCCCCGGGCCCCCAGGGGACGAGCUGUAUGCGGCGCUGGAGGACUAUCACCCCGCCGAGCUGUAUCGCGCGCUCGCCGUGUCCGGGGGCACCCUGCCCCGCCGAAAGGGCUCAGGAUUCCGCUGGAAGAAUCUCAACCAGAGUCCUGAUCAGCAGCGGAAAGUGCUGACUUUGAAGAAGGAGGAAAACCAGACCUUCGGCUUUGAAAUCCAGACUUAUGGCCUUCACCACCGCGAGGAGCAGCGUGUGGAGAUGGUGACUUUUGUCUGCCGGGUUCAUGAGUCAAGCCCCGCCCAGCUGGCAGGGCUCACGCCAGGGGACACCAUCGCUAGUGUCAACGGCCUGAAUGUGGAAGGUAUCCGGCAUCGAGAGAUUGUUGACAUCAUUAAGGCAUCUGGCAACGUUCUCAGGCUGGAAACUCUGUACGGAACAUCAAUUCGGAAGGCGGAGUUGGAGGCUCGUCUGCAGUACCUAAAGCAAACCCUGUAUGAGAAGUGGGGAGAAUACAGGUCCCUAAUGGUGCAGGAGCAGCGGCUGGUGCACGGCCUGGUGGUGAAGGACCCCAGCAUCUACGACACGUUGGAGUCGGUGCGCUCCUGCCUGUACGGCGCCGGCCUGCUGCCCGAUCCUGGAUUGGGGAAUGGGGAUGCUCCCUGGAAGAAGGAGUGUGAGGACAGGGUCAAGAUGGGAAAGAACUAUUUAGAGGAGCUGAAUCUUUAA